GUCAAAUGGAGAAAAGCUUUCUGGGCCUGUUUGGCGCCACAUUGUACAAGUCGUUUCUGCUUCUUCGACGCAAUGGUGCUGUCUUCUGCCUCAUCCGGGCUUAGUGGUUGUGCAAUUCUAAACAGUUGCCUCUCUUUCCUUCUUUUAUUGCCUGUCCUGGGAGCCUCGCAAUGCAAUGCGCUUGCGAGCGGAGCUGAGCAGCUCAGCCAAAAAGCAAGGCUGUUAAAAGAUUCGGAUGACGGGCCUGUGAUUUACAGCUACGAGAUUGUGGCCACAUACCCUCAUGAUCCGAAAGCGUUCACACAGGGCCUGCUGUUCCACAAAGGGGUGCUCUAUGAAUCGACGGGCUUGAACGGAGCCUCCUCCGUGCGGGAGGUGGAGCUUGAAACAGGGAAUGUCAUCAAGCAGAGGAAUCUGGGAAGGCAGCACUUCGGCGAGGGUCUUGCACUUUACGGAAGAAAGCUAUACCAAUUGACUUGGCAGACCAACAACCUUCUGUCCUAUACAAGGAGCACCCUUUCCCCAGCAGCUGCGCUGAAGACGCCCCUCAACGAUGGGUGGGGCCUGACAACUGGGAACGGCACUUUCGUGGCAAGUGAUGGAAGCGCAAACAUCUUCUUUCUGCACCCGACGACCAUCGCAGCGGUCCGUCAGGUAACAGUAAGGGAUAACGGCCGGGACGUGGGAUACUUGAACGAGUUGGAAUGGGUAGGGAACGAGAUCUGGGCCAAUGUCUGGCAGCGGGAGUGCAUCGCCAGAAUAGAUCCGGAAAGUGGCCGAGUUGUGGGGUGGAUAGACAUGAUUGGCCUUACAGCUCACGCGUUUGAUAGAGCCAAUGGCCAGCGGCUGGACGUUCUGAACGGGAUUGCAUAUGACGAAGAGCACGAGAGAUUGUUUGUGACAGGAAAGUUCUGGCCGUUACUCUACGAGAUUCGCUUGAAAAAAGUUUCUUCUCCCCCUGAUACGGAAAUUGAGCGGAUCAGAUCAUUGUGCAUAGUGACGGGAAAGCUCCUAUGAUGGGAAGAACGCAUUGCUGGCGUCCUCCCAACUAUUGAGCGUCGAAACGUGCUUUAAUCAUUCAUGAGCCUGGCAAGUAAUCUGUAUUUUGUAGUAUUAAAUGGUCAUUGGAGCCUCAACAAGUCAAGAGACUCGAAGCAAUGCGUCACAACUUGAACAAUUGUGAUAAGGUCGUUGGGAGCCUCAUCGACAUUCAAACAUCUGAUUUGUCAUGAUCAUCAUUUGAUAGAUCCGAGAGUGUGUAAAUGCGCAUUUGAAUCACUCAUAAGAAUAGCAAUGAUUUCCAC